AAGUUCAUCUCAAUACUUUGUUAUAUAUCCUUUGUUGGCAAUGACAGAGGUCAAACGUUUCCUGUAAGUCUUCACAAGGUUGGCACACACUUGAUGUUUUGGGGCUGUCGCUGGGCAACACGGUGCCAGGAAUGGGACUCAGCACUGGUGGUGGGACUCACCUGCCGUGUGGGCUGCAGUACCAGAGCUGACCAGCGGGUGCUCUCAGCACUGGUGGUGAGACUCACCUGCCGUGUGGGCUGCAGUACCAGAGCUGACCAGCGGGUGCUCUCAGCACUGGUGGUGGGACUCACCUGCCGUGUGGGCUGCAGUACCAGA